AGUGACGUCACGCGCGGGCGCGGUGGUGUCGCCAUCAUGGCGGGCAGGGGAUCCUGCCGCGUCCCGGAGCGGUGGACACAGUACACCCCCCUGGGCCGCAGGAUGCCCGGCACGCGCUUCGUGGCCUUCAAGGUGCCCCUGAAGAAGAGCUUUGAGCAGAACCUCCUGCCAGAGGAGAGAUUUUCCCCUCGUGACCUCAUCAGGAAGGUGCAGGAGAGGAAGGAGGAGCUGGGGCUGAUCAUCGACCUCACCUACACCACGCGCUACUACGGCAGGGAGGAGCUGCCCCCCACAAUGCGCUACUGCAAGAUCCUGACCAUGGGCCACGAGAUCCCCAACAGAAAAACCUUCCUGAGGUUCAGGUACCUGGUGAGAAGGUUCCUGAUGGCCAACAAGGACAAUGAUAAACUCAUCGGGGUGCACUGCACACAUGGGCUGAACAGGACUGGCUACCUGGUCUGCAGGUACCUGAUUGAGGUUGAAGGCAUGGAGCCCAAUGCUGCCAUAGAAUUGUUCAACACAUCCCGAGGGCACCCCAUGGAGAGAACCAACUACAUCCAGGACCUGCAGAGGAGAGCACCGGGCAGCUGUGAGCUGAAGGAUUUGGGCUCAGAUCUCAGGAGGGAAAGCAGUGCCCCCACAAAGGCCCAGGAGCACCCCCAGCCCCCCCUGGCAGUGCCCAGGAGCAGCAGCAGCGCCAGGCAGAGGCAGGAAGAGCAGAGAAAUCUAGAGCAGAGGAAGCAGAAAAAGCAGAAUUAUGUGGAGAUGGAGCAUCAGGAACAGAGGGAACAGAAGAAGCAGAAUUAUCAGGAGCAGAACCUUCUGGAGAUGGAGCAUCUGGAGGAGAGGAGGCAGAAAAAGGUGAAACAUCAGGAACAGAAUCACCUGGAGCAGAGGAAACAGAAAAAGCAGAAUCAUGUGGAGCAGAGGAAGCAGAAAAACCUGGAACAUCAGGGACAGAAUCGUCUGGAAACUGAGCAUCAGGAGCAGAGGAAAGAGAAAAACCAGAAACACCUGGAGCAGAAGCAGCAGAAUAACCUGGAACAGAAUAAUCUGGAGAUGGAGCAGAGGAAGCAGAAGGAGCAGAACCAUCUGGAGAUGGAGCAUCAAGAGAAAAGGGAGAAGAAAAAGCAGAAACAUCUGGAGCAGAGGAAGCAGAAAAAGCUGAAGAACCUGGAGCAGAACCAUCUGGAGAUGGAGCAGAAGGAGCAGAACCAUCUGGAACAGAGGGAGAAAAACAAGCUGGAGCAUCAGGAGCAGAAUAAUGUGAAGCAGAAAAAACUGGAGCUCCAGGAGCAUCUGGAGCAGAGAAAGCAGAACAAGCUGAAACAUCUGGGAGAGAAUGGUGUGGAGCUGGAACAUCUGGAAAUGGAACGUCAGGAGCAGAGGAGGCAGAGAAAACUGGAACAUCUGGAGCAGAAUCAUCUGGAGAUGGAGCAUCAGGAGCAGAGGAGGCAGAAAAAGCAAAAUCAUCUGGAGAUGGAGCAUCAGGAGCAGAGGAGGCAGAAAAAGCAGAAACAUCAGGAGCAGAACCAUCUGGAAAUUGAGCACCUGGAGCAGAGGAAGCAGAAAAAACUGGAACAUCAGGAGGAGAGGAAGCAGAAAAAGAAUUGUUUUUUCAUCGGGGCUGUGACUGAUCCGUGA